AUGUUCUCCUGGCCGAUUCCGGCCACGGCGGCCAAUCUCAUUGAGACUAGCCAACUGCGCAGGAGAUAUUAUAUUGCACAAGUGUACGCGCAGACACAACGUGCACUCUCUAUUCCUGUCACUCUCAUACUUCGGUGGGACGACACGAGACGCGACCGACAUGCCGAGGCUUCGAGCCUCCGCCUCCGCCUCCGCGGGUGCUGCCAAGCAGAGAUCGGAUUAUAUUUGAAUGGAAUAGAAAAAGUUUUACAUAUU